AUGCCAGGGCUGUAUGGCUUGCCCUCCUGGACUGCUCUCCCUCUUCAGAGCUCGUGUGUGAAGGCCUGUGCCAAUGGCUAUACCUUGGGAAUCACUGCCAAUCUUACUUACAUCAAUCUGGAGCAGCAAGCUGUGGAAGGAGUAUUCGUCUAUCCUUUGGAGGAGUCCGAGGUGGUCUCAAGCUUUGAAGCAAAGACAGGAAACAGAACCUCCACCUUCCAGAUCCAGACCCGGCCUCCAGUGGAUGAUUGCUGCCUUGACUGUAACACGAAUUGCAACCAGCCGCUCCGCUGCAGUAAUGGACACUUGAUCCUUGAUGGAGACCAGGCACGGUCUACUUUCAUCAUCAGCGCAGGCCUCCUUGAGCCCUCCGAAAUCCUGACUGUGCUCUUCAGCACCAGCCAGGAGCUGGCAACCCUGCCCAAUGGUGCUAUGCAUGUCUCCUUCCCAUCUGUACUCAUGCCUUUGGUCUUAGCCGUGCCUGAAAGUGAAAGUGAAACGAGAAGCUUGUGUGACGACAGCUCCACGAGUUGUUUUGGCUCUGCUAGUCUGAAGAGCGACCCGUCUUUUCAUACGCCUCCCAGUGACCCUGACAUCUUCAGAGGUGAUGUUUACAAUCCCUUCCCCUACGAGUUCAGCUUCGAGAUGUUGGUUAAUGGACCGUGUUUGCUGGCAGGACUAGAAAGCCCAUCUCACACUCUUCGAGCUGAUGCCAAUCCAUACGCCAAUUCAGCAUCAACGAUAUGCAUUACCUUGGCAGAUAAGCACAGUUAUGACAAGAACCUGGAAAUCAUCUUACAUCCUUCUGAACCUCAUCACCCCCACCUAAUUAUUGAAGAUGGAGCCAUGACUUAUGGUGAAUAUGAGGCACACAUAAGGAACCGCUGGGAUUAUGCACGGAUUGCCAAAAAAGACACUGAUGGAGAGAGACAGGUUGCCUUUGUCCAGAAGAGAUUCCACAAAGACAUUUUCUACAACCCUGUCCUGAUGCUGAAUUUCUGCCCCGAGAUAAGCAGCGUUUCUACUAACGUUCAGACGGUGACCAGGGAGAUCUUCUUCCUUGUUGACCAGACGGGAAGCGCAAGUGGCUCCAGCAUUGAUGGGAUCAAAGAUGCUCUGGUAGUGGCCAUAAAGAGCCUUCCUUCCAGCACGUUGUUGAACGUGGCAGGCCUUGGCCCCAACAUCAGGCCUGCCUUCAAGAUGAGCAAGCCUUGCAAUAGUGACAUCGUGAGACUGGCCUGCGAAUAUAUUCAGAAGCUACGGGCUGAUGUGAGUGGCACCAGCCUCCUUGCUGCUCUGAAUUGGAGUUUGGGACAGCCCCUCCGCCGGGGAUAUCCACGGCAGCUCUUUAUCCUGUUGGAUUCCAGUGUGGAAAACCCAGGCAAGGUUAUUGAGCUAGUUAGGAGACAAGCAAGCACCGUCAGGUGUUUCACAUUUGGCUUGGGGUCUGCUGCCUGCCAUCAGCUCCUCAGGAGAUUGGCCAAAGUUAGCAGAGGCCAGGCAGAAUUCCUCAGCCCAGGUGAACGGUUGCAGCCUAAGCUGAUAAAGUCUUUGAAGAAAGCCAUUGAGCCAGCUGUGAGUGACAUCACCAUCGACUGGUAUGUGCCUGACACCAUGGAGGCCCUGCUGUCGCCCAACGAGAUUGCGACUCUUUAUCCCGGAGAUCGGCUCAUCAGCUACUGCACCCUUUACCACGUUGCCAGUUUCCGGGACAAGAAAGCAACAGGCAGAGAGCAAAUCUACCGAAGUUUCUCUAGAGGAUCUGCAGGGCUGGCCUUUCCAUCCCAGGAGGGGGUAGAAGGACAGGAUGGAACCCUCCCACCUUCAGCUGGAGAUAAUCCAGAGCGUUGCAAGGGCCUUCAGGACUUUUCCCAGGAAAUAUCCAUGAAGUUUUCACCUGGGGACACCGAGGAGUCUAUGAAGAGUGGAGAUCCGGUGUCUGGAGGAGAUAUCUGGAAGAGGAUUUACCAGCCUUCCUACAUCCAGGAGCAAUAUGUGCUUACUCACUGCUCGGUCAGCACCGACCCUAGUCAAGCCUUAUGCCACAGCUCUACCAGCAGUGAGUCUACUGGCUCCAGAGACGUACCGCUGGAGGAAGGCUCUUUAGCCCAGACUCUUGAAAGCACCUCUCAGCAAGGACAGAAGAGUGUGUCUCUCUGCAAUUCUUCCACUAAGUCUGCUCCAGUAAGCCAGACUCAAACUGGGGCUAUAGCUAAGGUAUCCAUUGCCCUGAGCUCCGAAGAGUUGAUGCGUAAGAAGAAAGCCCUGGCUCGGACUGCCAUGUCUGGACGUAGUUUCUCUUCCCCGCAUGGCGAGUUGGAUGCCCAUCGGCUGCGCCGAGCCCUGGAAAAAGUAUCCCAGAAACCCAUUCGGUCUCUGGAAGGGAAGUUGGAUGAGAUUGGGCCUGAGCUGCAGAGGAUGCCCAAGGCUGCUGAGGAAUCCAGCCACUUGCUGUCGCCUGCCCAUCUUGACUGGGACAUGCUGUUGGAGCCCUCUUACCUUUUCAGCCCAUCACCAGCCUCGGAGCAAGGAAUGUCCAAUGGCAACCCCUUGCCUCCUCUCCAGUGCCAAGUGGUGAUCCACGCCCUCAGCGCAGGGGAGCCCGUCUCCUGGGAGGUGAUCGGUGGCCUGGAUUCCUUGUUCCUCCCCAAAGACAGCCGGGGACAUUCCCAAGGACGGCAGCCACCGCUGCCAAACACAGGAUUGGAGAAGCAAGUUCACCGCCUGACCGCUGCCUCCGUUAUUCGGGAUAACGAGACGGUGGCUCAGAGAGAAGCAGAAGUGGAACACGGUUUCUUCCGAAGGUUUCGUCUUAAAGCUGUCCAGUCAAGCAAGGCUUGCAAUCUCCCUUCCAUGUUUACCUCCGUGGUGCCUGUAGAGUCUUCCACAAAGGAGGCCUUGCCUUUAGCACUUCAGGUUCGCAGCACAGACGGUGUAAACAACCACCAGAAAGGGUCCCGUUUAGUCAAUCAGCAUCACCGUAGUUACUCGCUAAGCCUGGGGCAGAGACAGGAUUCACAGGACUUGGAGGAUGCUCUCGUUCCUGCAGAACAAGAAGUUCCUCCUUCACCAGUCAGUGUUUCUUCAGCCACCCAAGCCAGACCAAGCUGUCCUAGUGGAGCCAGCUCCAGUCCUUCUCCUAUUUCUGAAGGCUCCCUGAAGUCAAUAGAGAAUUUCCUAGGCCGCAGACUCAGUGGCCAGCGGAGACGCCAAGGCUUAGCUCUACGGCCACAGUGCCUGAGCCCAGAAAGUGAGCUGUCCCCAGGUUGUGACGGUGCCAUUCACGACUACCUCCCCCUGGUGCAGCUGCAGCAAGCCCCAGGCAUGUUCCACCUGAACGAGGCCUUCUCUGAAGCGGUGCAGAUCCCCCUAGACCGCUUGUGCCGGGCUUCUCCUUAUCCCUCCCACCGGGCUAGCCUGAGCCCUGCUUCCAGCACUUCUCCGUGGGCUCUGAUUGCCAAGAACCCCACAAAGCCCUCAGCGAACCAGCCUCCCGCAGAAGCCGAUGAAGAGGCAGUCAGGACAAGCAAAGAGCAGGCCAUGGAGCUGGACUCCCCCCACUCGCCCAGCACCUGCUCCGAUGUCCUGAGUGCUGUGGUGUGGGCCCAGGCCGACAGCGGAAGGGGCUCCGAAACCGACGCCUGCGACCAUUCGCCGGACGCUUCGGAAGCCAGCCUCAGCCUGCUGGAGGCAGGGUUGGAGGCGGAGGAGGAGGGCGAUGUAGAGAGUAUGAGCUGGGCCACGGCUGUGGCCCUGGCCUGGCUAGAGCAUCGCUCUGCUGGCUUUUUUGUGGAAUGGGAGCUGCUGGCGGCUAAAGCGGAUUGCUGGCUGCGUGGUCAGCAGCUGCCCGAAGGCCUGGACGUGGCUGCCCUGAAAGGAGCAGCCCGCCAACUUUUCCUGCUGCUCCGCCAUUGGGAUGAGAACAUCAAGCUGAACAUGUUGUGCUACAACCCGAAUAACGUGUGACGAGCAAGCCAGGCUUUCGCUCGUACGAGGGCAAUAAAGAGAAAAUGGAUUCCAGGAGUCCCGGUUGUUGAGGAGGUUCUUUCACGGGCUGGGAAUAUAAAAGUAGGAUUUUGCUGAUGAUGGA